GUGUGUGAGUCACUGCUACCAGGUCAGUGAAGGAGGGAGACAACGACUGAUUAGAGCGGGAGCAAUUUACCACAACCACCGCCGGAGCGUUUUCCACCGUCGCCGGUAACCAAAAUCCCUCAUUUCUCCCACUUCAAAACCACUCGGAAACUCACAGCGAGGUAUAAACAUCUCAACGAUGGCCGACCACGACCGCCUUCUGGCCAGAGAGCGCCUCCAGAUCGAGCAGAUUCGAGCGCUCGAUCUCGAGGAACUCGAGGUCGAGGAGGUCGACGACGACUACAAUGACUCCUCCGACGACGCCGCUGCUGCCGCCACUGGUCGCGGCGUAGCUGAUGAGUAUACCUUCAAUACCUGUUUGGCUUCUCUGCAUACAUAUCUUGGCGAGGUUGAAGACACUCAUCAUAGGAUGGCGUUUUUGGACGGGGGAGCUGUAUUGAACCUCCCAAUAUUCUACCUUGAAGGAGUUGUUCUGUUUCCAGACGCUACACUUCCAUUAAGAGUUAUUCGACCAAAUUUUGUAGCUGCUAUUGAGGGAGCACUAAAUCAAGUUGAUGCUCCUUAUACCAUUGGUGUGAUUCGUGUUUACAGAGAUCCUGACAAUAGAAGCAUAAAAUUUGCAAAUAUUGGGACAACUGCGGAGAUUCGCCAAUUCAGGCGAUUAGAGGAUGGCUCACUGAAUGUGGUAACCCGUGGUCAACAGCGAUUUCAUCUCAAACGCCGUUGGAUUGAUGUGGAGGGAGCGCCAUAUGGGGAAAUCCAAAUUAUAAAAGAAGAUGUACCACAGAGGGCUCCACGGGCUGCAUUUGGAGAUUUGGCACCUUUUAGUAAUCGAAAAGCCCAUAGUUUCCCAUGUGCAAUGCUUUCACACGCUUCUCACAGGAAUUCAAAUGGAUCCAUGGAUAUGGACAAUGAUUCGGAGCCAAAUUCAGAUGAAAGCUUUGAGAGUGCACUUUCUUUGACAGAAAGAGAAAUUCACCGAUCGGCAAUUGAAUCCUAUUAUGGGUCUGAUGUAAUGGAUGAAUCAACAAGCACUGAUAGUGAGAAGUCAGAAUUGCAAUCUCAACAAUCCCAAUCAAAAGACUCCACAGAUUCCUUGCACUCAUGCUCCAAGAGUUUGGUUGGGACCAGUUCUUUAUCGGAGAUACAAUCAUCCAAACAGAAAGAUCCAAGUAGUUGUUGGAGAAACACAGACUUUAAACAGAUACGUAGAGUUCCUAGAGCAUUCUGGCCCUAUUGGGUAUAUCGCAUGUACGACUCCUAUUGUCUUGCUCAAGGAGCAGCAGAUUUGUGGAAACAGAUAGUUGGGAUACCAUUAAUGGAUGGUCUUGUGAAGAAGCCUGAUCUCUUGUCGUUUUACAUUGCUAGUAAACUUCCUGUCUCUGAAUCUACAAGGCAGGAGCUUUUGGAGAUUGAUGGUAUUUCAUAUAGGCUGCGUCGGGAAAUUGAGUUGCUUCAGACUGUUAAUCUUAUCUGCUGUAAAACUUGUCAGACUGUUUUCGCAAGGCGGAGUGAUAUGCUGGUGAUGUCAAGUGAAGGUCCACUUGGUGCUUAUGUGAACCCCAGUGGUUAUGUACAUGAGAUAAUGACUCUCUACAAAACAAGUGGCUUGGCACUCAUAGGUUCAGCAGUGAAAGAAUACAGCUGGUUUCCUGGGUAUGCCUGGACAAUAACAAACUGUGCCACCUGUGAAACUCAAAUGGGUUGGCUAUUUACAGCUACGAAAAAGAGUUUGAAGCCUAGAUUGUUUUGGGGGAUUCGGAGUUCCCAAGUUUCUGAUGACUUGCACUAAUAUCUCGUACCUGGACAUUUUCCUUUUUCUCUUUAUGUACUGCGCUAUAUUUGUAUUUAGCUGCUUGUAUCUAUUGACACCGCACUAGUUAAUCUUGUUUGAAAUCAGAACGUUUUACUUGCCCAUAAUUUAUACAUAGUAAAGGUAG